UACAUUCCAUCACUUUCACAAUCACAUGGAUUUUCUGUGCAACAAUACCACACGACAAAUAAAACACCAAAACGCUUAUGCAAUCCAAAAACCACCACUUUUGUCAUCAACUUUACUUCCUCCACUUAGAUUCUUCCUCCCUCUUCAUUCACAUUUGUUUCUCUUGCCUCUACCUCUUCUGGGUUUGAUUCAAAACGCAAAAAAGAAAGAAACUUUGAAGAAAGAGAGUUCAUUUGUGUGUGUUUGUGUUUGUUGCAUGACAUGGAGUCAAAUUCACUUUGCUUCAUAACCCAUCAAGAAAUUUUCAAUGUGGUUCGAUCUGGGGACUUUGAAGGACUCAAAGAGUUGAUGAAACAGCUUAACAAAUGUGAAUCCUUUAAUGGGUCAUCAUCAAUUUGUGAAUCCUCAAAUGGGUCAUCAUCGAUUUCUGAAAUCAUGUAUUUGCAGAAUGAUGCUGGAGAGACCUUAUUGUUCAUAGCUGCUGAGAAUGGUUUUAAGGAAGUUUUCAGCUUUUUGUUAAGCUUUUGUGAUUUGGAGGUUGUGAAGAUUAGGGCUAAGUCUGAUAUGAAUGCCUUUCAUGUUGCAGCAAAGCGUGGCCAUUUGGAAAUUGUGAGGGAGAUUUUGAGCAUUUGGCCGGAGGUUUGUAAGUUAUGCAACUCCUCGAACACUAGCGCACUUUAUUUAGCCGCUGUUCAAGACCAUUUGGAUGUGGUGAAUGCUAUUUUGGAAGUUGAUGUCAGUUCAAUGAUGAUAGUAAGGAAAAAUGGCAAAACUGCAUUGCACAAUGCUGCUAGGUACGGCAUUCUUCGCAUUGUAAAAGCACUUAUUGCAAGGGAUUCAGUGAUUGUUUGCAUCAAAGAUAGAAAGGGUCAAACAGCACUGCAUAUGGCUGUAAAAGGACAGUGUACUUCAGUAGUGGAGGAGAUAUUACAAGCUGACCCGAUUGUAUUGAAUGAACAAGAUAAGAAGGGUAAUACAGCUCUUCACAUGGCCACUCGGAAAGCGCGUUCACAGAUAGUGAGCUUUCUGUUAAGCUAUGCAUCUAUGAAUGUUAAUGCCAUCAAUAAUCAGCAAGAAACAGCCUUGGACUUGGCUGAUAAACUUCCGUAUGGAGAUUCAUCUUUGGAAAUCAAGGAAGCCCUUUCAGAAUGCGGUGCCAAGCACGCCAGACAUAUUGGCAAAGUGAAUGAAGCAAUGGAACUCAAAAGAGCUGUGAGCGAUAUAAAACACGAGGUGCGGUCACAACUCAUACAGAACGAAAAAACUCGCAAACGAGUUUCCGGUAUAGCUAAAGAAUUGAGGAAGAUUCAUAGGGAAGCAAUUCAAAAUACCAUCAAUUCUGUCACAGUAGUUGCCGUCCUUUUCGCCUCAAUAGCAUUCAUGGCUUUGUUCAGUUUGCCCGGUCAAUAUAGAAAGAGACAGCCAGAGGCAGGGAGGGCGAACAUAGCGAACGACGUUGCCUUCAGUGCUUUCUGCCUUUUGAAUGCUACGUCGCUUUUCAUUUCUCUUGCUGUUGUUGUUGUUCAAAUCACUUUGGUAGCUUGGGACACAAGGGCUCAAAGGCAGGUUGUGUCGGUGAUUAACAAGCUAAUGUGGGCUGCUUGUGCUUGUACUUGUGGAGCUUUUCUUGCAAUAGCUUUUGUGGUUGUUGGACAUGAAAAAUGGUUGGCUACUACUGUCACCCUUUUGGGAACACCAAUUUUAGUCGGGACUCUAGCAUACUUAUGCUACUUUGUGUUUCGGCGACGUUUUGGAUUCCGAAGUGAUUCUCAGAGGUUAGUUAAGAGACCAAGUGGCAGCAAAUCGUUCUCGUGGUCUCACUCUGCGAAUAUAUCAGACGUGGAGGAAUAUAAUUCUGAUGUUGAGAAGAUUUAUGCUUUGUGAGUCAAGUGUGUUACUAUUGAACAUCGUUGUUUCGACCUUUCUACAUGUAAAAGUAUAUUCUCUCAAGAUUUCGGAUGCCACAUAAACAUGCAUCAUCCUCUACAGUUGUUGUAUGGCACAGUGAGAUCCUCCGUAGCCUCUCCUGCAUCGGUAGAAAAAUCUCAAUUGUUGGAUUAAACAAACUACCAAGAGAUCAACACCUUCGACCGUUAGACUAAUCCAACACGAAUUAAGGGAUUGAAGAAGAUCCAAAAUCUUGAGAUGACCUUGUAAAGUGAAAACUAUCUCUCUUUUGGAUAAUAAAUAAGUGGGAUGCUAUCAACAUUUAUAUAUGAUAGGAGAGAUAGACCAAAUUCUCAUGUGCCAAAAUCAUGUAAAGUUUUAACUGAGUAUUUAUUAUUAUUCCCUUUUUGACAAGAAUUUAGCUGCUUAAUUUGCAGUUAACUCAUAAUCUGAAGUCUCAUGUUUAUUUAUGUGUAUAAAAAAAAUAUACAAAUAAAUUUCUACCAAGUUUGUACCUUGCUCUGGAA